AUGUGCGAGUUGACACAAUUUGCAUUGAAUCCAACUAACAUCUGUGGGCAGACAUGUUUAGUGUCUCCAGACUAUUUGACGUCCACGCAUUGUGUUUUAAUUUUUACUGGGAAUCCCUCGUUGCUUGGACUUUAUUGUGGAUUCUGUGAGGGCAUUCAGAAAAGAAUUCAAGGGGUGUCAUUUAUAGUCGUUUCGCUCCAUUGCACACCAAUAGCUGAUAUUAUUCCAACUUGGAGAACUUCAUUGUACGAAGGAGUUAAAGUGAAAUUGAAUUUGGUCGACUACUUAGAACAUCACAUGCCAAAAGACGUCAAAUACACACUUAUAACACACUCAUUGGGCGCUUUUAUGGCACUCCACGUCUUACCACAAAGACCACUCUUCACACAAAAAAUAGCUAAAAUUAUCCACUUGUUCCCCGCAAUUCGAGACUUGAAAAAAUCGAUUGACUUGCCGGUUAGAAUGCUCGCACACAUCCCACUGACAUACCCACUCAUCUCUUUAGUCACCUACAUCCUUAAACUGUUGCCACUGUUUCUUUUCACUCUAUUUAUUCAAACAGUCUCGACAACACCAAAGUUUUUAUCGCAAAAAUUGCAAUCGGAACUUAACCCACAUCAUCUGGCUCAAGUCGCCUAUUUCACACUGGACGAAGAAAAAAUCAUCACCAAACACGACGAACUUACCAUCAAAUGUUUGAAGUCUACUGCGGACAAAACAACUGUUGUCUUCGGGUUGCAUGACAAGUAUACACCGUUGUAUGUGAGAAACGAGUUUAAAGAAAAUUACAAAGAUAUUAAAGUCAUCGAAACAGAGACCAAACACGCUUUUGUGCUUGGCAAGACACAAGAAAUGCUCGAUUUUUUUGAUAAACACAACAUUAUUUAA